AAGUCAAGCAUGCACUGUCAACAAGAGAUACUACUAUAAAACUAGCCUACACUCUAGGGUUUCUUUCAUUGAGUAAAAUCUUGGGCUUUGUGUUUCUGAUUCACAUAGAAAUUCAAAAAGGGCUUUUUUUUAUUUGCUUUGUUUCUCUCUCUUUCUCUGAAAGAUUUCAGCUUUUGUUGAGAGGAAGCUGGAGACAUUUGGAUUUGUCCUUGUGUCUCCCCACCCUCUCCAGUCUCCAUCUCUUUCUUGAUAUGUAAAUUAAAGAUUGAAAUUUUAAGUUUUUUUUUUUUUGAUGAGCUUUGGGGGUUUUCUUGAAAACAGUUCCAGUGGUGGGAGAGGAAAUAACAACAUGCCCUCUGGUGCAAUCACUCAGCCUCACCAGCAGCUUGUCACUCACCAGUCUCUUGCAAAGUCUAUGUUCAGCUCUCCUGGCCUCUCUCUUGCCCUUCAAACAAAUAUGGAGGGGCAAGGGGAGGUGAUGAGAUUGGGUGAAGAGAAUACUAGUAAUGUUGGUGGUAGAAUUAGAAUGAGAGAUGAAGAACAUGAGAGCAGAUCUGGCAGUGAUAAUAUGGAGGGAGCUUCUGGUGAUGAUCAAGAGGGUGAUGAAACAAGGCCACCAAGAAAGAAAAGAUACCACCGACACACUCCCCAACAAAUUCAAGAACUUGAACAGCUUUUUAAAGAGUGUCCUCAUCCUGAUGAGAAGCAAAGACUGGAGCUCAGCAGAAGGCUUUCUUUGGAGACUAGGCAAGUGAAGUUUUGGUUUCAGAAUAGAAGAACUCAGAUGAAGACUCAACUGGAGCGCCAUGAGAAUUCACUACUUAGGCAAGAAAAUGAUAAGCUUAGAGCUGAAAAUAUGUCAAUUAGAGAAGCUAUGAGAAAUCCCAUGUGCACAAGUUGUGGUGGUCCAGCCAUGGUUGGAGAGAUUUCCUUAGAAGAACAACAUCUUCGGAUGGAAAAUGCGCGAUUGAAAGAUGAAUUAGACAAGGUUUGUGCACUGACCGGGAAGUUUUUGGGGCGUCCCGUUUCAUCUUUAGGCACUCCAACAAGUUUGGAAUUGGGUGUUGGAGGAAUGGGAUUUGGUAGUUUGAGCUCAGUUUCAACAGCUGUGCCUCUAGGCCAGCAUGAUUUUGGUUCUGGAAUUCCAAGUUCUUUGGCUGUGGUACCUCAAACAAGAUCAAAUUCGGGUCCCUCUGGGAUAGAAAGAUCAAUGUACCUUGAGCUUGCAUUGGCUUCAAUGGAUGAAUUGGUGAAAAUGGCCCAGACUGAGGAGCCUUUAUGGGUACGAAAUUUGGAAGGUGGAAGAGAAAUGUUGAAUUAUGACGAAUACUUGAGAAUUUUCAAUAAUUCUUGUACUGGUCCGAGGCCUAAUGGUUUUGUUACUGAGGCUUCUCGAGAGAAUGGAAUGGUGAUUAUCAAUAGCUUAGCUCUUGUUGAGACACUAAUGGAUUCGAACAAAUGGGCAGACAUGUUUCCUAGUUUGGUUGCUAGAACAUGCACAACAGAUGUAAUUUCAAAUGGUAUGGGGGGAACUAGAAAUGGUGCACUUCAAUUGAUGCACGCGGAGCUGCAAGUUCUAUCGCCAUUGGUACCUAUCCGGGAGGUACAUUUUCUCCGAUUUUGCAAGCAACAUGCUGAGGGAGUUUGGGCUGUGGUUGAUGUCUCCAUCGACUCCAUCAGAAAUUCCUCGGGUGCACCACCAUUUUUCAGCUGCAGAAGGCAACCUUCUGGCUGUGUAGUGCAAGAUAUGCCUAAUGGAUGCUCCAAGGUGACGUGGGUAGAACAUGCAGAAUAUGAAGAAAAUACAGUUCACCACUUGUACCGGCCUUUAAUCAGAUCAGGAAUGGGAUUUGGUGCCCAAAGAUGGGUAGCCAAUCUCCAACGCCAAUGUGAAUGCCUAGCAAUUCUUAUGUCUUCCGCGGUUCCAUCACUAGACCAUACUGCAGCUAUUACUACAAGUGGCCGCAAGAGCAUGCUGAAACUAGCUCAAAGAAUGACCAAUAACUUCUGUGCCGGUGUCUGUGCCUCGACUGUGCACAAGUGGAACAAGCUCACGGCAGGAAAUGUGGAUGAAGAUGUUCGUGUGAUGACUAGAAACAGUGUCGAUGACCCGGGUGAGCCACCAGGAAUUGUGCUGAGCGCUGCAACCUCUGUCUGGCUCCCUGUCUCUCCGCAAAGACUGUUUAAUUUUCUGCGUGAUGAACGGCUGAGAAGCGAAUGGGACAUACUCUCUAAUGGGGGGCCUAUGCAAGAAAUGGCCCAUGUUGCUAAAGGCCAAGAUCAUGGCAAUUGCGUUUCCCUCCUCCGUGCCAGUGCGAUGAACUCCAAUCAGAGCAGCAUGCUGAUCCUGCAAGAAACAUGCAUAGACGCGGCCGGGUCGCUUGUGGUGUACGCUCCGGUCGAUAUUCCUGCAAUGAAUGUUGUGAUGAACGGUGGAGAUUCUGCCUACGUGGCACUCCUCCCAUCAGGCUUCGCUAUUCUUCCUGAUGGGCCUGAUCCUCGUGGGCCAUCUGGCAACGGUCCACUCAGCAAUGGCGGGUCGGGUCAUAGAGCAGGCGGGUCUCUUCUUACUGUGGCUUUUCAGAUCCUGGUAAAUAGUUUGCCUACUGCCAAGCUCACGGUAGAGUCUGUGGAGACAGUCAACAAUCUCAUAUCGUGCACCGUUCAAAAGAUCAAGGCUGCUGUUCGGUCCGAAAAUUGAAUCAGAAAAAUUGCUAAUUUUUUUCUGACUUGUAAGUUAAAAAUAACGAAUUUUGACUUAUGAAUCAGAAAAUAUUUUUAGCGAUAUAGACUAUAAAUUACAAUACAGUUUUUCAAAUAUUAUGGGUGUACGAGUCAAGAACGAACCGAUGGUUUACAUUUUUAUCCAUGCUAUCUUGGGUAUGGAGUGAAAUUUAGGUCAGGAGAUUUGUCCGGUCUUUCAUACCUUAGUGUCAUCAAACACAGGGUAAUGGUUCGGUAUUGUCAUCAAAAUUAUACCUUAGUGUUUAUGAAUUAUGAAUGUGUGAAAGAACUUGUUUUUGCUUGUGGUGU